AUGUCAGGGUUCCAUGCUCUGAACAUAGAGUCCGAUGAUGAGUCCGACAUCGAGAUUGAUGACACGAAAGAGAUCCAGAUCGAGGAGGCUUUGAAGCUGUAUCAGAAUGCUUUGAAGUACCACGCCGAGGGACCGCCAUCCUUUGUCAAAGCCGAGGAGGCAUAUCGUCAGCUGUUUGACUCGGAAGUCUUCAGAUAUCCAGAGUCUCAGGCUGAACUCCGACGCAUAGAGCUGUACGGCGUGCCCGACCAAGAUGACUUCCUGGACGACUUGCAGACGGGCCUGCUGCCCACGACCACAGGUCUUGACACCGGACCAAGUACUCUGCCUCAGAUUCUGCAUUUAUCGCACAAAAACUAUGCUCAAUUCAGGCUCGAAUCCCUCUCGGCUAAAUUUGACUCCUUCAAUGCCAGUCUAAAUCAGAUCCUGGCUGAUGCUAGCGAAGCACUGGAACAUUUUGUGCAGGCCCUGGACAAAGAUGACAGCGACCUGGACUUGUGGCGACGCACUGCAUCAGUCGGAGAAAUCCUCGAUAGCAAACGCAUCGCAAGGUUUUGUUUGGAAUCUGUCCUUGCUGAGGACGACGCCGGUCUCAAUGCUGUAAUGUCUCUGCCAGGUCUGGAAGAAGGCUUCGCCGGAGAGCAGCUGCGAGAUCUGGUGAUGGAGCUGCAAGACCAUCUUUCUCUUCUUCAAGCUCCUCUGUCUGUGACCAAACGUAAAGUUUUGUCACAAAUGCUAAAGAGGCAACUCCAUCCGUAUCGAGGUCUCUUGCAGCAGAAGAGUCUAGCAGAAGAGCGAGGAGAGGAGGCGUACAAGGCCCACAGAUACCAAAACGUUCCGCUGAAAGCACCCGCAACAUGGACAGAACUGGGAGAUCAACUUCUGAAACAGCUGCAAAACAACCAAUAUGGCAUGUCGUCCUCGGUCCCUGGUGUACCGAUAGUAUUCGAGCUGGGCAGAGCAAUCUCGUCAACGCACGAUAGUGCUGAGCACACGAGGUCCCCGAGCACUGCUGGAGCACUGCCUAAUGCUGGCGAGACCGCUAUGCCAACAAGCCUGAGCGACAUGUUUCCAGGGCUUGAUAGUGGGCGUCCGACCGUACAGCCACAGAUAGCAUCUGCGGAUCCUAGUAUGCAGGUCGCGUCCGCGUCUCCCCAAGACAUGGAUGUGGAUCCGACUGCGUCUCCUACCAUGACCUUACCAUCCCGCAAGCGGUCUGGCGAUGCGGCCGGUCUGAACGACGGUCCAGAAGAGGGCCGCACCAAGAGCCGCCGUACAAGAACGCGCGAAUCCAAUGUCGACAGUGUCGAGGGCCGACAAGCUGUUGUCGAUGCCAACACGCGAUGGGAGUACGAGCAACAAUUGAAUGAAUUCCAGGCUGCCGACGACUGGAUGUUCGAGACGGUCGGAAACUUUUUUGAGCGAGCCGGGAUCGUUGGCUUUGAUGCAGCACGACACGUACGACAAGAAAUGGCAUCAUCGACAGGUAGCACACCUUCCACGGAGCCCACGAAUGCAAUGCAGGACCUGAAGAUAGCUCGAUCGGCCAUACAGUCAUUCCUGGAUCGUUUUGAUGACAAGCUGGCGCAUUUUCUGCUUCACGGGGGCGAAACUCUCAACCUCGGGCAAAGCCACUCUGUAGCUGGGGGAGCUGCAUCAUAUACCAUGGGUAGCGCCUCAAGAGCUGUCAAUAAAAUGCCUUUGAUGAUUAAUGACGGCUUGCAAGAGAUGCUCACUUCUGUCAACGAAGGUCAGUACCUGACCAAGGAAGUAACGUGGCUCUUCAUCGAAGCACUCUUCGAACCUGGCAAGGUCUGCGAAGAUGGCAGCAGUUACACCCAAUACCUUUGGCCUGAAGAUCUGAAAACGAUCGUUGUCAGAAACAUGGUCAACUUCGACGACAGCAUUUACGCCGAGGCAUUCUCAAGGCUCGACAGUGCGAAGGGAUCACUGACCCAGGAAUCUUUCGAUGCGCCCGCGGAAAUGGUACAAGGCGUUUUUGAGCUGCACCUCGAUAUCUACAGCUUAAUCAAACAGCCUAACAGCGGAGUCGAGAGCGAUAUAGUAAUCGCUCAAGGAGAUCGCCUCCAACGCUGGUCAGAUCUUGCGCGCGAGUACAUGCAAUUCCGCGCCGAACGGAGUGCAAGUACGAGCUUGCAGGACCCACUCAAUCUACGCUUCCUGUGGGCUACCACUGCCGCUAUGGGCACGUCCAGCGAGGUAACACAAGAUCACAUCCUCGAAUGCAUGAACGACCUUCGAGGUAUUUUCGCCGAGACCGGAGAGCUCAGCAUACUGUUGCAGAACAACGCAAUCAUGCCAGAAUUGUCUCUUGCAGCUCUGGACCGCGACAUCUCCAGAUUGACGACGAAAGACUUCUUCCUCAAGGUCACCGACCAAGAUCUUCGAGAUCCUGCAUCCGUCAUAGAAAGUCUCGAGCCUUUACUGGAGGCAUUGGAAGCAGCCAGGCAACGUCCAGGUACCGACGGCGAUACUGCAGAACCACCUCCUGGUGUAUCGUCCGAGCUAGUCCGCUUUCUCGAGGGCAGUAACGUCUCGACUCGACUUCUUCUGUGGCAACGACUCCGUGAUGCCUACAUCGGUAUUGAGUAUAAGCCAAUGGUAGUGUACUGCUAUCUCCGCAUGGCACGUAUCGUGCUUGACGAGUUGAAGUCGGCAGAGGUAGCCGCUCUGCCACAGGCCGAUCGACAGAGCACUGUGCUGAAGUGCUUUCGGCUCUUGCAAGACAUGGUGAAAAGAAUGUACAACGUACUGCAAAGCUCUUCGGACGCACUUGAGACCAUCGAUGGAGACCGGCUCAAUCUAGGUGUCACCGCGUUUGGUGAGAUCCUCCAGUUGCUGCAAGUGUUCAACGUGGCGGAGGAUUCCCUGCGAGUGGGACAGUCCCACCCGCCCAGUCAGCCCAAUGGACUACCGGUUCCCUCAUUCGGCGCGGUCACAACCAUGGUGCACGAGAUGCAAGUGCAAAUUUGGAUCAUCCUCUAUGCUUUCUUGCAAGAAGCGAUGGCGCAGAAUGCUGACCAGUUUCCAACGCCACUCGGAGAUCGAUUCGAUUUCCUCAGGACCGCUCAUCGGAAUCUUGGCAUCCGUGGCAUAUGUGGCAAGCUCAAUCGCGCCUUUGUCCGCAUGCUCAAGGACGAAUUCUUCCACAUGCAGCACGUUGACGGAUACGAUAGCGAGCAGGCCCAAGUCUUGCAUGAUCUGUAUCGUCUGAACUGUUUCCUCAACCCAUCCUAUGAGCUGAUUGAGCACAACUGUACCGCCGAUGCAUUCUUGGACCGCAAUGUGGCGCUGCAAGCCGUGGACUUACUCCUCGCUCAAGCAUCAAAACUGCCCGUCAAAGAACUCAUCAAGCAUCCCCUCAAGGACACCAUCGACAAAGUGCAUGGCGCUUUGGCUCGAAAGAAGCCUACCGAAGCUAUCUUGCGCAAUCGUGAGAUCUACCGCGCGUAUCUUAAGUCACCAAUCAAUCCUGUGGAUCUUUUCAGUUGUCUCAAAGGAGAUGGCAAUCAGCUCCCUGUUACUCCAAUACCGAGGGAUGACGCCUUGCUUGCCUCCAAGGGCUGGCAUUUUCUUAUGGGACACUUGGCUCUCACCAAGUAUCGUUCCCAAAAGCGUACGGGACCGACGCCGACAGAGGAUGUUGAUAUUGCUAUCGCAUUCUUCAAUCAGGACCUGGAGUACACUGGAGAAAAUUGGGAGACGUGGCUCAGACUCGCACAGGCGUACGACACUAAGAUAGAAGAGAAUGUCGUUUGGUCUGCCGAGAAACUGAACAACAACAUGCAAGAAAUCAUCAGCAUGCAGAGGGCCGCAUUGCACUGCUACAUCAUGGCAACGGCACUAGCUUAUCGAUCUGCAGACCUUGCGUUCGAAACCUCCAGCAAGAUGACUGAACUGUUCUACGACUUCGCGCACCGUCUUUACAGCUCUGCGAGGGAACCGUUUAACAUGCACGCUUUCGAAGUUGAAGAUACGGAGCGGUUUGUGAGUCUUCAGAGUGCCGGUGUACAACGUCAAGUGCCCUUCAAAUCCCUGCGCGUCUACACUGCCGUAAAGCUGGCCAAUGUCCUCUUCAAACGCGCUUUGCCAGGCAAACCAGACAAUUGGAUGCUGCAUUACAUGAUCGGAAAGUGUCUCCACAAGAUGCACGCUGCACCAAGCUCUGUACGCCCGCACGGUGAAGCGCCAGCUGCUACCCAAGUUCUGGCAGCCUUCGUUCGAGCGCUCGAACUCUUGCCCGACAAAGACAAGAAGGAGAGUCGUGACACGAAGAAAGAGCCUGUUCUUGAGCCACACUACAAGCUGCUCAGCAUAGUCCACAAGCUACUCACUCUUUCGAAGAGCAUUACUUUGCAACAAGCCAAAGAAGUCCUUGGACACUCCUUCUAUGCGCGCAAAGAUGAAGAGACAUUCCCCACGAAUAUGAAUGACUGGACGCCGUAUGUGCUUGGCGUUCUGAAGACGCUGCGAGCUGCCGAUAAGUCCAACUGGUACCAUCGCAUGAUCUUCAGGUCGGCCUAUAUCAUUUACGAAGACGCCGUUGCUCGCGGUGACGAAGAUGCAGGUGCGAUAGGUGCCAAGCAGGAGUUGUCUGCCCAAAUGUUCACCAAGACCAUGGUGUUGCAAGUCUGGCGUCCAGAAAGCGAACGUGCUGGACGCCACUUCGUGUACACGACUGCUUAUACCCGCUUCUUCAUGAAAAUCCUGAAGCAUCUGAACGAUCGAGCAGGUCUCGAACAGCUGGCGAGGAGGGUGCGCAGGCGCCCACACGACCUUUUCGAACAUGGUCAAGUAUGGCAGGAUAUCUGCAAUGCAUACCUCCAGCUAUUGCGCAGCCACGGCGCGCUUUCAGAGGGCCUCGAAACAUCGACGUUCAGCAACAUCGUCCACGAAGACUUCCUUGCACGCAAAGAGCCACUCGAGAGAUGGAUGCAAUCUACCGACAAUGGCGUGUCGCCGGCUCUCGAUGUCCUACGUGAGGUGCAGGAGUUGAAGAAGAUCAACCAGUCACUAAUGAAGCCGGGGGCCAUAGACGACUUGAUCGGCGACUCAUAUGCGCAGCUGUUCAAUACCGUUGGUAAGCAGUUGUGGGAGGAGGAGCUCCGAGCCAAGCGGGAAGAAGAUGCCAAGCGCGAGGCAGAGAAACCUCCGCCAGUUCUUAGUCCGGCGAGGAACCCUAUGAUGAGCCUCACGCAUCUGAUGAAUGUAGAUGGCAGCAGCGACACUGCGCACACUCCACAGCCACAUGCCGGGGCAGCACCGUCAGCGACACUAGGACCGUCGGCUGACGCACCUCCCGUCCGCAGAAAGGUUGGCGUUGGCCGCCGAGAAAUCAGGACCACUGCAGAGUCCUGCUUCCAGAAGGCUGGCUCGAAGACGCAGCCAAUCGACCCUGACAAAAUCAUUGCGAAUGCGCCCAAAGUGCAGGUGCUCAUAGAACGAGCACGCCUACCCCUACUUGGAGAGGCUUCUGUCGAAACUAGUGCACCAGGCAGCAUCCAUGACAGUGCUGACGACGAGAGCGAGCUCAGUGAGCUGGAAGAUGACAAUGACCGGCCGCAAGAGGAUCGGAGCAGUCCUGUCGAUGACGAAGGCGAAGAGAUGCGCGAUGUGCAGGAUGACGAGGGAGUGGAUAUGCUGAAUGCACUUCAGCAUGAGGUUGUGGAUGCGACUGAGACGUGA